GUUGGGAAGUAACUGUCGACCGCUUCUUCUCUCUUUCCAAAGUCCUUCACUUUGUUUAUCAUCAUAUCAAUCAAUCAAGUGUUUCUCUUUCUCUCUCUCCAUCUCAUCGUCAGCCUUGCUCCUCGUCUUACUCAGUUUCCCAAUAGACACUCCAACUUUUUGUUAUAGUUCUCCCAUUACACGUCAAGAGCUAGACGCCUACUCGUCAAAGAUGCAGCAGCAGUGAUGGAGGCUAGCUUGAAGCGCCGUAAGGUUGAUCUAGACUUUUACCUCCACCGCGUUUUCCAGAAGAAGUCGUUCCGUCCACUGCAGCGCGAUGUCAUCACCGCUGCCAUCGAAGGUCAUGAUGUCUUCUUACAAGCCUCUACAUCUUUCGGAAAGAGCCUGUGCUUUCAGCUGCCAGCUAUGACGACGCAUGGAGUCACCAUCGUUGUUAGCCCACUUCUUUCCUUGAUGACCGACCAGGUGAAUCAACUACAAGCAUUGGGGGUGCCAGUUGCCACGAUUAACUCGACAACUCCCAUCGCUAAACGAAAAGUUAUCUUAAACGACCUCCUAUGCGGGCACCCGAGAACCAGACUCCUCUAUGUCACGCCAGAACUUUGUCAGACCGAGACGUUCCGUCGCAAUCUCCAAACCAUACAUCGGCAGAGAGAACUAGUUCGAAUUGCUAUUGACGAAGCGCAUUGCAUUAGCGAAUGGGGCCAUGAUUUCCGCCCAGCCUACAAGAAUCUCGCUUGGUUCAGAACCAACCUGACAGAUCCAUUGGUUCCCAUUAGCGCCUUGACAGCGACAGCGACGCCCCAGGUCCGCACGGAUAUAAUCAACAUUCUCAGGCUCAACCCGUCUCGGUUGAGGGUAUUCAGCACACCUUCCGCACGACCUAACAUUCAUUACGAGAUCCGUUUCAUGCAGCAAUUUGCCCCGGAUCCAACAGAACCGGAACCAUUUCAAAUCAACGACAUGCUUGCAUGGCUACACUCCAUCCAGGCGCGAAGGGAAGCUAGAUUAGGGGCUGAUGCAGCCUCGAAACUACCACCCAUCUCGGGAAUAGUCUAUGUCUCCACCCGAAUUGCGUCAGAAAAGCUCGCUGAGGCCUUGUGCAGACGUGAUGGUCGCAUCCGCGCUGUAGCAUACCAUGCAGGGCUUUCCGCCAAAGACAGAACCCGAGUGCAGAACGAAUGGAUAGUACCCCAAAAGCCCCAACAGCAGCAACACAGCACAAAUGAAGAUCUGAACCCCGGCCCUCUAAACUUCUACAUAAUUGUUGCAACUACAGCCUUUGGCAUGGGCAUCGACAAUUCCGACGUCCGCUUCGUCAUUCACUGGAGCCCCCCGCGCACAUUUGAAGGCUUCGUCCAGGAGUCCGGACGCGCAGGCCGCGACGGCCGUGCCGCAGUCUCGAUAGUUUACUACAACCCGCAAGAACGAGAACGCAUCCUAGAGCGGCUGCGCCGCGACAUCGAAAACGUGAACAAUCGAACAGGCGGUCGAAACGCGGGACUACAAAACCGCGAUAAGGUCUCCCUACUCCGGAAUCUAAAGGCCCGCAAACAAAGCUUCGAGAAGGUGGUCCAAUACUGUGAAACCACGACACAGUGCAGGCACCAGAUGAUAAGAGAGUUUUUCGGUGAUUACGAGCUAGAGAAGAUGGGGUCUCAAGUUCCCGUAAAGGUUGAAGUCAAUACCGAGUCUGUUAAUGACGUAGCAAGAAUAUCAGUGGAGAUUCCGCGGUCAUCCCCUUGUGAAUAUGCCUGUGAUUUUUGCAAGGAGGGGCCCAAAGGGCUCGCAGACCGAAAGAAGAAGAUGGCACCGGAAAGUGGGUUGACUCUUUUCAGAGAAAUUGGUCCAGGUUGGCUUGAAGCCAUGUUUUGUUCGGUUGAUCGGCUAUUUCCCGAACUACGCAGUUGUGAUUGGUGAUUUUCUCUUUCCAUGUUCAUGUCUCAGAUCAUAUGGGUCGGCUGGUAUCUUCUUAAGCGUUAGGCCUAUUGUUGAUCUGCCAUAGGGGUCGCAAUGUUAUGGAAUAGUGUAGGUGGGUUGUUAUUGGAGAUUACGAUCUCGCUCAGGUUACUACUUGCAUGCAAGGAGAAGAGUCAUUAGAAUGAAGAAAUUAACGCUUUUUGAAGCUGCUAGCCUUUGUCUUCAGGCGGAUAGGAAAUCAACGAGAUUGGAUAUAUCGCAUGAGGCAUGCAUGAUGUGAGAUAGCGAUAGGGAUACAGGUGAUGAUUUUUGUUUUUUUGGGUGGGGGCAAGGUUUGACUAAACUCGCCGACACAAGACAGGUCAUUGGAUGAGAAGGUCACCUUAGCAUACCACUGUCCGCCUGCAAGAUUAGUGAUUUGAUUAUCCAAGGGGUGUCGCUGGCAUGCAGACAUAUUCACAGUCCUGGGGGCGGCGGAACCUAUACACGGCUUUGUUAGUGAUCUGACACUAGGUAAUGGAAAAGAGAAGUUGCACAUACAGCACUGUAGCUGCCACCAGG